GUUCGUGGAAUGGAAGUUGAUGUAGCGCUCCGGAAAGCGAUGCAGUACUUUUUCCUACCGAAAGAAGCGGAAAAAAUAGACAAAAUUAUUCAAGAAUUCGCCCAGCACUACGCCAAGUGCAAUCCGAAGCGAACGAAGCAAUUCAGAGGAGGCUGGGACACGAUUCAUAUGAUCGCCUUCGCAGUCAUUAUGUUGAACACGGACUUACAUUCACCCAAUCUCAAGGCGUCGCAGCGGAUGCAAAUGGAUCAAUUUAUUCACAACCUCCGUGGUCAGGACAAGAUGCGUGGUGAGAAAGAAGGCAUCGAUAUUGAUAGAGCUUGUCUACAAGGUAUUUACGAACGUGUACGAAGCGAAGAAAUCCGACCUGGUGAAGAUCAUGUCGCACAAGUGGCGCGUGUUGAUGCUGCGAUUGUCGCCCGUGAAAAACCCCGAUUAACUGAAACCCAACGACGUCUGGUAUGCUACUGUCGGUUACAACAGGUGAUGGAUCCCUCGCGAAAGCAGUCCAUAGGAUCUCAUGAACGAGAUGUGUUCCUGUUCAACGAUAUGUUGGUGGUUGCUAAAGCUAUCAACAAACGUCGAUCCUCUGCUCAUACCUCGUAUACCCUCAAACAUUGGAUGCCUUUGUUAGGAGCGUCUGUGCUCGAGUUUAAGUCCUUUUUCUUUUUCAGAUGUCGUUUCGUGGCAGAUGUACUGGAAUCGAUUCGGGAGUCGUGUCAAAUGGAAGAGGUUCGGCUUGAACUGGAAAUGGAGAAACACACACUUCGUACCGACAACCAAAGGGACAGCGGUUUGCCGGAAAUUGACGGGUCAGACUGCCUUCUGUCGCGGCCAGUGAACGCGAUCCUCGGUGGCGCUAGCUUGGUGCCUACAUUUCGUCGGCUCUCGUUCAAUAGCCUCGAUUCCGGAGUAGUCGAAGAGACUUGCGAGAGCAAUGCGUGA